CCGGGAACUCGAAGAAGGCGUUAUCCUGUGCGGUGUGGGGGUGGGCGUGUCGAGGGAGAGAGGGAGAGGACGACGGCGAGGAUGGCUGGGAUGCCGGCGCUGCAGGGCGCCAUGGCGUCGCUCUCCAUCUCCGCGCCCAGCGCGGCGAGCACCAGCAGCUUCUGGGGCAACCCGCUCGCCACCUUCUCCGCGCUGCAGCCGGGGAUCAAGUUUAUGAUCAAGACAUGCCCAAUUGUGAUGAGACUUAAGAGAUGGGAGCGAAAGAAGUGUAAACCAAACAGCCUUCCUGUGCUGCACAAGAUGCAUGUCAGGAUUGGAGAUACAGUGCAAGUCAUCGCGGGCCGUGAGAAGGGCAAGGUUGGAGAAAUUACUCGCCUUUUCAAGCACAACAGCACUGUGAUUGUGAAGGACUUGAACUUGAAGUCGAAGCACAAGAAAGGCACAGAUGAUGAACCUGGUGAAAUUGUCAUGAUUGAAGGCCCCAUUCAUAGCUCAAACGUGAUGCUCUACUCGAAGGAAAAGAAUGUGACAAGUAGGGUUGGCCACAAAUUCCUUGAGGAUGGGACCAAGGCCCGGUACCUGAUCAAGACCGGGGAAAUAAUUGACAGUGUUGAGAACUGGGUAAAGGUGUUUAAGGAAGGAAUUUCGGAGUAAUUACCGUAGCAUGAAAGACAUGUUGCACAUGCUCUGAACUCCGGCUGCUUCUUGUAUGCCGAGAUGAGUUUAUGUUUAUUCUUCCGCUGUCGUUGCUCCUGCUCUUUAGCUUCAGAUUGCUUUCGUUGUAAAUUAUACAGCUAUCACCAGUUUUGCAAAGUAACACGUGCUUAUCUUGUUUCAUCA